AUGUCAAGAGCAGAAAGAUGUAAAAAAGAUUCAGCAAAAGCAUUAGCGAAAGCAGCGGCUAAACCAGGUCAAUCCAAAAUAACAUCGCUGUUUGCAAAAGGAAACACAGGCCAUGAUUUUGAUUCUGCUUCAACAAGCGGAAUUGACACUGUAAUAACUGUCAAUACUGAAAAAGCCUCAGACUGUGAAACACAAAAAUGGUCCAAACCGAAAAGUCUGAUUGGUGAAUCAGAAAAGAUAUGCGUGAAAACGACAUGGGUAAAACAUGAGAAAGACUUUACAAGUGAAGACAAGGAAAGCAGUGUGAAGCAUGGUCGAUAUUUCCAAGGUCAGUGGUUACGAAAUUAUGAGUGGCUAGUGUACAAUCGAGAAAAAAAUAAGGCUUUUUGCGAAAUUUGUUCUACUCACUCUAAGAUAAAGGGAGCGUUUGGCAGUUAUGAAGUUGGAUUUGAUAACUGGAAAAAAGGCUGUGAGAAAUUCAACGAACAUGAAAACAGUUAUACUCAUAAAGAAGCUUGUGCAACAUCAGACAAAGGGCAAUUGUUCAUUAGCAUAGCCUGCAGUUCGCUUGCUCUUGAAACGCAGCAGUUAAGACGGAAAGGGUUAAUUUCACAUCUUCAAACAUUAAAAACCCUCUUACGCCAAGGUAUUGCGAUUAGAGGUAGAACGGAUUUUGAAUCUAAUAUUCAUCAGUUCAAUCUUGAUAAAGCUAUCAACGACAAGGCACUAAAACUUUUACUUGACGAGAACCGAUACGUAAAUGCACACGACAUCCUGGACGAGCAGAAACAGAUGAUUGUAUUAAAUGCUCGAAGACAUUUGAUUAAUAAAAUUCUAGUGAGAGAAUCAUUUUCAAUUCUAGCUGACGAAUCAUCAGACGUAUCUAAGAAAGAACAGUUGUCUUUCUCCGUAAGGACCUGUGAUGAUAAUUACGAAGUAUCGGAGGAUUUUGUUGGAAUUUAUGAAUGUUCGCAAGGACUUUCAUCUGAUGCAUUACUGCAAUACACCAAAGAUAUCCUUCUCAGAUGUGGCAUGGAAGGUCACAAAAUGGCAGCUAUGGGCUUUGAUGGGGCUUCAGCAAUGAAAUCUCUCGCAAGAAAGCUCAAGGAAGAUAUUGCACCAAACGCAAUUUAUGUUCAUUGUUUCAGUCACUGCAAUGAACUUAUUAUAAAGGAUGCAGCUAAGCAAUCUAAUUUAUUGUCUACAUCACUGGAUUUAUGCCAAUCCCUGUAUGCAAUCGUAGGUGCCCAUCCAAAACGUAUUUUAUUGUUUGAAGAAAUACAGGCAGAUUUUAGAAACGAAACAGGAACAAACGAUUACAAAGUUCUACGACUCCAAAGUCUUUCUACAACGAGAUGGACAACAAGAGUAAAGGCUGCUGACGUCAUCUUCGAGAAAUCGGCUGAACUACAUGCAACCCUUGAAAAAUUGCAGGAAGAUCCUACCAUAUCGGCAGACACAAAAGCAAAGAUUAGAGGAAUAUUAAGGCGACAACUGUCUUCCUUAGUCGUCAUCUUUAAUUUAAACGCGACAAGAAAGCUAUUGGCUUUACUCGAGAAGCUUUCUAAAGAGCUCCAAGCGGUUGAUAUUUCAGCUGAGUACGCUCUAUUUUCAAUUAGACAUGUCCUGCAACGUCUUCAUGAGAUGAGAAGCGAAGAAGAGUUUGAGCGUACACUUGAUGACGCUAAGAAAGUUUUUCGUGUUAUGAUGUCGUUUCCACUGGAAUUUAGUGAAAAUUUUGGCACUGGCACUAGACUAAGAAAAGUUCCAAGAUGGAUGAAUAAUGAAGAAAUGUUAAUAACAGAAAGCCUCACGUCACAGAUGCCUCAGUUUACAGCAGUGCGAAUAUAA